AUGGGCUUCGACUCUAAUUCCGUGUGGUUUGUGACCGGCUGUUCUUCUGGUCUUGGAAAAUCCAUUUCGAAGGCUGUGUAUGACGCUGGCUUUCGCAUCGUGGCAACAGCUCGCUCGACUUCAUCCCUUUCAUACCUGCCCGACGGCCCCAGAGUGCUCAAGCUCUGCCUGGACGUUACAUCCGGCACAUCGAUCGAGGCAGCCCUCGCUGCUGCAGUAAGCCACUUUGGAGAGAUUAACGUGGUGAUCAACAAUGCAGGAUACGGGCUCAGAGGGGACACAGAGGCCGUUCCGGAAGAGGAGGCCCGAAACCAGAUGGAAACCAAUUUCUGGGGCCCGGUCCGGAUUACUCGCAGAGCCGUGCGGAUCUUCCGUGAAGUCAAUGGACAGGGCCAAGGGGGAACAGUCGUGCAGAUUUCUUCUCUGGGGGGUUGGAUUGGGUUUCCGGGGAAUGCGUUCUACCAUGCUAGCAAAUUCGCCCUAGAGGGAUUCACUGAAUCCGUGGCCAAGGAGAUGGAUCCAUCGUGGAACAUCAAGUUUCUUCUCGUGCUGCCGGGAGGCGUGCGCACGAACUUCGCUUCGACCAGUAUCCAGGCGACACCACGGCAUCCCGCCUAUGACCACCCCGGCAGUCCCCUCACCCAACUGCUGGAAUAUGUGGCCAAUCCAGCGUCCCAGGACACCUGGAGCGAUCCCGCUAUCUGCGCACGGCUCCUCGUCAACGCAGUGGUCGGCCAGCAAGAGAGACCGCUCCCUGUACGUUUGCUUAUGGGUGCAGAGACCAUUCCCUUAAUACGUGGUGACAUCGAACGGACACUCAAGGAGAUGGAUGACUGGAAAGCAGAGACAGAGAGCUGUUCGCCAAAGGGGGGCGCUCGCCUGGGCGUCUCCGCGUGA